ACAGCUGCCCAAUGAACAGAAAGAAGACUGGCGUGUUGUUGUCGUCCAGCCGGUGAGGCUCGGUUUGGGGGGUAACAGCAUAGGACAACAGGGUUUCCAUUUGUUUGGAGUGAGAGCAGCUUCAAAGAGAGCGGUGCUCUCAGUGAAAACUGAAGACCACUUGAGAUAGAGAGCAACUGAGCCAUGACAAGAUCACUUGAGCCAUUAAUUCUCCUCUGUGCUCUCUGCUGCUGCCUAGCGGGCAAUGUGGAACUGCUCCGCACUAAGAGAGGGACCCGUUUUUACAGAGGUGAGCCCGGCAGGCAGCCAGCUAGACGGACGCUUUUGAUUAUUCAUGUCGAGAAGUCGUCACCCUCCCUUGACACCUCCUUACUGUGUGUGGAUAGUGAGACGUCAGCCGUGCGUAGUUUCGGAGACACUUGGCUGCGAUGGAGGGGGCCGCGUGUGGAGUAUUGCCGUUGUGCGUUGAGAGGACGAGAGCUUUGUCAUGUUGUACCUGUCACCAAGUGUUUUGUGUCUCAGUGCUACAACGGAGGGACAUGUAAGGAGGCCGUGUACACCUCAGACUACAUCUGCCAGUGUCCGCCCGGCUUCACCGGGACUCAGUGUGAGAUCAACACGAAUGAGAAGUGCAUUGUGGGGCAGGGCGAAGGCUACCGCGGCACAUGGAGCAUCAGCCAUUCUGGAGCCGAGUGCAUCAACUGGAACUCCACGUCUCUCAGAGGAAGGAGGUUCACGGCGAGGAAAAUAGACGCCAGCAGCCUCGGACUGGGCAACCACAACUUCUGCAGGAACCCCGACAAUGACGACACACCCUGGUGUUACGUCUAUAAAGGCACCCAGAUCGUCUGGGAGUUCUGCUCCCUGCCCAAAUGCCCCGAAGAUCAGUACAAAGAUUGUGUGACCGGUUCCGGUGAGUUGUACAGAGGCACGACGUCCGUCACGAAGAGCGGCUCUCGCUGUCUGCCGUGGGACUCGCCAGCUGUCAGGCACAAGAACAACAACGCUUGGAGAUCGGAUGCACUGGAGCUGGGCCUGGGCAGCCACAGUUUCUGCAGGAAUCCAGACGGAGACGUGGGUCCGUGGUGCCACACCUACAAAAACAUGCAGCUGACCUGGGAACUCUGCAGCAUCCCCAAAUGUGCAAGACGUCCCUCCAUCAUCACCACUCUCGGUCCACGAGCUCCGAUCACGAACAAUAACGGAGCGACGUGUGGCCAGCGUUUGGACAACACCCUGAACCGGCCAACGUUCCGCCUGUACGGCGGGCGGGUGAGCGACAUCACAGAGCAGCCGUGGCAGGCGGCCAUCAACGUGUACCAGGCCCGGCACAAACAGCACUUCUUCAGAUGCGGAGGGAUCCUCAUCGACUCCUGCUGGGUCCUGUCUGCCGCUCACUGCUUUGAGGACAGAGAAAAAGCGGAAAAAUUGCAAGUGGUCUUGGGAAGGACGUUUCGGAAACAGAACUCCAGCAGCGAGCAGAUUUUCAAAGUGGAGAAAUACUGGAUCCACGAGGGCUUUGACAGCGAAUCGUAUGACAACGACAUCGCUAUUUUGAAGCUGGAGACGGAUAUUGGCAUGUGUGCUGUAAACUCUCCGGAGGUUUUCCCGGCGUGUUUGCCUGAACGCGGGCUGGCGCUGCCUGACUGGACGGAGUGUGAGAUCUCAGGCUAUGGAAAGGACGCAGAAUUUUCUCCAAUGUUCUCUGAGCGAGUGAAGAGAGGAUACGUGCGCCUGUGGCCCAAAGAGCGCUGCGUCCCUGAUGUGCUGUCAGGACGCAAAGUCACCGCUAACAUGCUGUGUGCAGGCGACACUCGGGGACUGGACGAUGCCUGCAAGGGAGACUCCGGCGGUCCCCUCGUCUGUCGAAACAACGACAGGAUGACUCUGAUGGGUGUGAUCAGCUGGGGCGUCGGGUGCGGCCAGAAGGAAACGCCCGGCGUUUACACCCGAGUCACGCAGUACAUCGACUGGAUCAACAGCAAAAUCAAGGCAAAUCCCGUUUAAAUGAAGAAAAAAAAUCCCAAAGAAGGUGUUGAGUGGCCAUCACUAUAAACAUGGUGUUUGAAGCGAAUGGUUUAUCAUUCAGAAGAUAGACAGAGAGGUCCACAGGGGUGCGGUCCUGCACAGAGCUUCAGUGGAUCUACGUCCAGGCAGAUGGGAGCUUUCCUCCGGCGGGUCCACUCCCGCUGAGACACACAGGAAGAACCUCAACCACGAGUUUACAUACUCACCGUAGCUCUACAUUCUCAAGUGUCUUAUUUCUUACUGUGUUGAAUGUGACAGUAUCUGAGGGCAGAAACAGGGAACCCACUAGUUUUCCUCCUUCUGGGCCAUUUUAUGAAUUUGAUAGUAUUUUCUGUGUCUUUUACAGCCUACGAGGUCUGUUUUCUCAGGCAGGCUCAGGUAGUUUGAAUAAGAAUUAUACGUUGAUGCUUUGUUUCUUUGAGGCUGGCUAUAAGCUGGUUUUUACAACAUUGUCACAGGGGAAUAUCCCUCCUCUACAGAGGUGUUUGAUGUGCACAGGGCAGUAAAUCACAUGGCUGUGCUCUUCCAAAGGGCAUUCCUGUACGUUGAGUGACAGAAUUAAGAUUUAAGGCUGUAUUGCUUAAUGAGUUCAAUGGGAAAUGCUCUGCAAAUACUCAUUAGGGCUUCAUCCAAACCACAAAAUGUAUCUGCUGGUUCAGAUUCAGCUUUUUUUUUUAGCAAGUUUCAUACUUAAGCUCACUGCCACCUCAUAGAUGAGCGUAUAGUUGGACAGAUAGGAACAGGAAGCAUCCAAAAAAAGGCUCAACAGGAGAGCUGAAGUAAUUUGUUCUCUUCAUGCUUUAUACCCGAGUUCUCCUUCACCUGACACCUGGGUUGACCCCAGCAUGUGUGUACCCUGCAUAUUCUCUGAUCAUUGACUUUAUAUUGAAACGUUGUUUUUUUUUCAUCAGUUUUUCAUUAAACUGCAUAUUGAUUGCAACUUUAUAACAAGCUUGCUUCACUCUGUGAUAGAUUCUGGAGGGACACUGUGUUCUAGAUGUUUUAUACUAAGUUAAUAUUUAUGUGCGUUUUACACUGUUUUGUAGAAUAUGUUAAGUCUGUGUACUGCAACCUAAUAAUUUAUUGUCAAUACCAUUGUAACCCCAUAAUACAACAUCCUCCUUUUUCAAUAAAGUGAUUUGAAACAAAUC